CGCCCGCGGGCCGAGUCGCAGGGCCAGGGACCAGAGCCGCGAGCAGGGGACUCGGAGGCUACAGGCGCAGGGGCCGCGAGAGGCUUCGUCGCCGCUCCAGCUCCUGGGGCGCCCAAGGGAGCGCGCGCGGAACCUCCAGGCCCAGCAGUAGAUAUGUUUGACGACUUCUCAGAAGGCAGAGAGUGUGUCAACUGUGGGGCUAUGUCCACCCCACUCUGGAGGCGAGAUGGGACGGGUCACUAUCUGUGCAACGCCUGUGGCCUCUACCACAAGAUGAACGGCAUCAACCGGCCGCUCAUCAAGCCCCAGCGCCGGCUGUCUGCCUCCCGCCGAGUGGGCCUCUCCUGUGCCAACUGCCAGACCACCACCACCACGCUGUGGCGCCGCAAUGCGGAGGGCGAGCCCGUGUGCAAUGCCUGUGGCCUCUACAUGAAGCUCCAUGGGGUUCCCAGGCCUCUUGCAAUGCGGAAAGAGGGGAUUCAAACCAGAAAACGGAAGCCCAAGAACCUGAAUAAAUCUAAGACACCAGCAGGUCCUGCAGGCACUGAGAGCCUUCCUCCCGCCAGCGGUGCUUCCAGCAACUCCAGCAGCGCCACCACCAGCAGCAGCGAGGAGAUGCGCCCCAUCAAGACAGAGCCCGGCCUGUCAUCUCACUACGGGCACAGCAGCUCCGUGUCCCAGACAUUCUCGGUCAGCGCGAUGUCUGGCCACGGGCCCUCCCUCCACCCGGUCCUCUCGGCCCUGAAGCUCUCCCCACAAGGCUAUGUGUCUCCCGUCAGCCAGUCUCCACAGACCAGCUCCAAGCAGGACUCUUGGAACAGCCUGGUCUUGGCUGACAGUCACGGGGACAUAAUCACUGCGUAAUCUUCCCUCUUCCCUCCUCAAAUUCCUGCACGGACCUGGGACGUGGAGGACUGGGAAGAAGGAGGCCCUGGGCUCCCAGGGGCCGGCCUCCUCUGCCUGGGAAUGACUCCAGAAAACAACUGGGAAGAAACUUGAAGUUGACGAUCUGGUCAGGGGAAGCGGGUGUUGGAUUUUCUCGGAUGCCUGUAUACGGUGGUGGGACUGGAGGGAGCCCAGCCUGCAGCACGAGCACACUGCGUCUCCCUGUGAGUUGGAGACUUCUUUCCCAAGAUGUCCUUGUCCCCUGUGUUCACCGCUGUGGCCUAGACGGUGGGUUUCGCAUUGUGUUUCCAGCACCGGGGAUCUGAGAACAAGCGGAGGGCUGGGCCCUGGGACCCCUGCUCCAGCCCGAAUGACGGCAUCUGUUUGCCAUGUACCUGGAUGGACGGUCCCCUGGGGAGAGGCCCCGGCCCCAUCCAUCCGCUUGAGAAACGGCACCGCCCUGCAUCCCCAAUACCAAAUCUGACUCCACAACUGUGGGAUGUGACAGAAGUGACCGAACACUUCCCUGGGGAGCUAGAGGAGCACUGCACCCGCCACAGAGCGCAGCCGCAUCCACUGCAGCUGGCAGCUUCUCCCCCAGGCACCUUCCCCUGCUGCGGGCCUUUGCUCCUUCACUUCCAACGUCUCUCAAAAUAAAAGUCCCUCUUCCUGCUCUGAGUGAUUCAGCUCUGCCUGCAGCUUGUACAUGUCCCUCCCCUGGCAAAACCAGAGCUGGGGAGCUUAGCCAAACGGCCCCCCUCGAGUUCCCUGCAGGCCCUUCAUUCACCCUGUCACACACAGAGGGGUUCUGAGUAAGAACAAAACGUUCUGCUGCUCAAGCCAGUCUGGCAAACACUCAGCUGAGCCUCGAGAUCCUUCCGGGGAGAGUGUAAGUGGACAGAGUCCUGCUCGGGGGGCAGGAGUGUCCCAAAGGCCGACCCACCUGCUGUCUGCUCCUCCUGGCCCUUGGUCCGAUGGCAGCCGGAGUCCCUCCGGACCUGCAGCCUCGCCUUGGCAGAAGUCUUUUGUCCAGGAGGCGAAAAGCCAGAGAUUCUGCAACGCGAAUUCAAAGCAAACAAACACAACACGACACAAGUCACGGAAAGAAGAUGACUGCUAAGACAUGGCAGGGGGCCUGGAGGGAGCCUCCGACUCUGAGCUGCUCCGGGAUCCACUGCCUUCUCCUCUGCACGUUGCUCAGUUUCCGCCCCUGACGCUGGAGCUCAUGGAGACUCCUUCCUCUUUCUCAGCAGAGCUGUAGCUGACUGUGGCAUUACUACGCCUCCCCACACGCCCAGCCCCCUCACUCCAAAAUCCUACUGGCUAUAGCAGAGAAUACCUUUGAACCAAGAUUCUGUUUUAAUCAUCAUUUACAUUGUUUUCUUCCAAAGGCCCCCUCGUAUACCCUCCCUAACCCACAAACCUGUUAACAUUGUCUUAAGGUGAAAUGGCUGUAAAAUCAGUAUUUAACUAAUAAAUUUAUCUGUAUUCCUCUUU